AUGCCGGCCCUGGCGGCGCUGGGAGUGACCAAGCUGUGGAUCCCGCCCGCGUGCAAGGCGGCGGCGGGCCCGGAGGGGAACGGGUACGACGCGUACGACCUGUGGGACCUGGGCGAGUUCGAGCAGAAGGGGAGCCGGCGCACCAAGUGGGGCACCAAGGAGGAGCUGGUCCGGAUGGCCGAGGCGGCCCGGCGCGAAGGGGUCGCGGUCCUGUUCGACGCCGUGCUCAACCACAAGAUGGGGGCGGACCGCCGCGAGAGGGCGGUCGCCACGAGGGUGGAGGACAGGGACCGGAGGGUGGAGGUGGAGGCGGAGGUGGAGGGCGAGGAGAAGCGGGAGAUCGGGGCGUGGACCGGGUUCGAGUUUCCGGGGAGGAAGGGGAAGUAUAGCGGGAUGAGGUGGAGCAAAGAGCAUUUUACCGGGGUGGACUACGAUGAUCUCAAGGGGGAGAAAGGGGUGUGGAAGUUCGAGGGGAAGGAGUGGGCCGAGGAUGUCGAUGAGGAGCUGGGGAACUAUGAUUUUUUGCUGGCUGCGGACAUCGAUCACAGGCACCCCGAGGUGAGGGCAGACUUGUUCCGCUGGAUCGAGUGGCUCCCCUCACAGGUGCAACUGGGUGGGCUACGUCUCGAUGCCAUCAAGCAUUACAGCUUCAGUUUCCUUCGAGACUUUGUGGCCCACGUCAGACAGCGUGUUGGCCAGGGAUGGUUCAUCGUCGGUGAGUAUUGGCGGGAGGACUCAGAGUAUCUCGCCAAGUUUAUCGAAUUCAUGGACCACCAGAUAUCACUCUUUGACGUUCAGUUGGUGUCCAACUUUAGCAAAGUGUCAGUGUUAGAAGAGAAGGGAGACUUGAGGGAAAUUCUGGAUGAUACUUUAGCCUUGUGGAAACCAGAAAACGCGGUGACGCCUAUUGCGCCCUUCUUCAUCCCCUUCGCCUACGCCAUCAUCCUCCUUCGAGCCAACUGCGGCCUCCCCUGUGUUUUCUUCGCAGACCUGUUUGGCUCUGUCCGACAAGAUGCCCAAUCUGACUUCGCCAGCUUCGUUCCUCCGACCUCUGGCGGUGCGAUUCUCCCCAAGAUGAUGCUGGCUCGCAGAUUCUGGGCGUACGGUUCUCAGUAUGACUAUUUCGAUGACCCUCACUGUGUCGGCUUCACACGUGUCGGACACUCUUCCCAAUGCGGCGGCCACGGGCUAGCUGUCGUCAUGACCAACGCAUGGGAAUACGCGAGCAAGAGGAUGUUCGUCGGGAAACAGCACGCCGGGGAGAUCUGGACGGACCUACUCAAGUGGUGCCCGGGGCGGAUCAUCAUUGACGAGGACGGAUGGGGUGUGUUUCCUGUCGGCCAUCGCAGCGUCGCGGUAUGGGUCAACACCCGGGCCGUCGGCAGGGAAGUCGCUGAUACAUUCGCGUUACAUUGACGUCUCACGCGAGUACAGCCUUACGUUGAAAUGGAACCGGUCAUUGGGGUCCAACACGCCAACAUCGAACUUUCAACGUUCUCCCAGCGCACGGGGAAGGGGGGGGGGGGAACCAAUACUUAAUUGCUACACUAAAGUGGACGGAAUUAGAUGAAAUAGAAGCUCUUGGUCUAACUGCGUGAUAGUCAAGGAUGAUCGUCAAGAUCAGAGCCCGGAGGAGGAGAGCCUGCAGAUCAGUCUGUGGCUCAUAC